AUGACCGACGAAGAAGAAACGGAAGAGAUUAGCAAAGAGAUCGAAGACACGGAUACGGAAAGAGACCUUAAAAAGGUAAGACCUAUAACCGGCAAUUAUAUCGGUAACCCUUUACCGAUCCGACCACUAGCUAAGCACGGUACGCUUGCGUACGGCACUUUAAGCGCUUUUAACGAUAAUAAUAACGAUUUCCUUGAGCUAAGAGCAACUGACCCUUACUUAAAAGCAAAAAAGUUAGCUUUGUUUGCAAGAAGCUUUCUUAAAGAAUUAAAGUAUUCGAGACCCGACGAUAACUUCAAAACUCAAUUAACUUAUAAAAACGUGCUAGAGAUUACGAUUGUACGAAUAAAUCCUGCUUUUACUUUUACCGCGGCAGUUGCUAAUAUUCGCCGAGCAAUUGCCUUUGCAACUAAGACCUCCCGACCUCCCGCCAAAGCUAGAGCUUACGCGAGCUUUAGCGAGCUAUACGAUCACACUUGCUUUCACAACACUUUAAAGGCUGACUCCGAUUUGAACGAGAAAUACGAGUGCUUUAUUCAAGACCGCCAAUACUUCGGAGGUAAGAAAGCUGCUAAAGCUAUUAAAGGUUUUGUGACUACUUACGGCACUUUUAACGCUAACGAAGUAUACAAGCAACUAAAGAUUCAAACGGCAUUCUACGCUCUUACUAGCCAAAUCGAGACCCAAAACGUGCUUACGAGCAAAGCAAAGACCUAUAUAGCCUUUAAGUACUUUGAAAACGUAUUUAUAAGCCUUAUGAUUAAUAGCGGAGCAGCCAAUUUCUCUACCGCUAGCUUGCCUUAG